AUGAUCGGAUAAUCUCAUUUGGAGUGAAACGCGUUAACCCACAACACGCACACACAAAUCAUGAUGUUUCCAAUUUCUGGAAAAGUGGCCCUCAUAACUGGCGGUUCCGAAGGAAUUGGGGCAGCAAUCGCAAAGGAGCUGUUGCGAGCUGGGUUAAAGGGAGUUACCAUUCUAGGGAGAAGCGCAGAUAAGGGAACGCGAAUGGUCGAGGAACUAACCAAAGAGUUUGGAAAGGGAAAAGCCAUAUUUAUCAGAGCUGAUGUGUCGACUAAAGAAGAGAUUGAAGAGGCAUUUAAAAAAACUGUAGAAAUAUUCAAUAAUAUAGACAUCGUUGUAAAUAAUGCUGUAACACUCACAAAGGACUGGGAUAGAUAUAUUACAGCGAAUCUGACUGGAACAAUCGCAGGCACCAUGCUGGCAUACGAAACCUACCUACCAAAGUACGCAAGCGAUAACAAGGGUGUAAUAAUAAUCAUGUCCUCCCAAUCCGGACUAUACGGCGAACCGUCCGCCCCCCUUUAUGCAGCCAGUAAAUCGGGUGGUAUUGCUUUAACAAUCAGUAUGGGAUCCGAAUAUCAUUACAAUCGAACGGGAAUCAAAGUUAUUGCAGUAUGCCCAGGGUAUACUGAUACGCCUGGUGUAGGGGUAGGUGAAGGUAAUUUUGAAGGACGCGCCUACUAUGAAGCUUUCCUUGAACUUAUAAAAGAUCAACCAACUCCCCAACCUGCAUCAGCCGUAGGAAAGGCAGUUGUCACGAUCAUAAAAGAAGCGCGCAGUGGAUCCAUUUGGAUGGUGCACGAUAGCCAAUCCCCUUAUGAGGUUAAAAUGGAAGUGGUGAAGGUAUAGCGCACCCACCAAACACGCAAGGCAACAUAUGUAUGACCUAUACUAUAUGUUUAUAUAUGCUCCAAGAUGGCUAUUGAUUCGAACUAAUUAUAAUCCAUUGCAAUGUCAAUAGUUUAAGAUAAAAGUCUACAAUCUAAUUUCCAGAUUAUAAAAUAAAGGUCUCCGACUUGCAACGAA